UCGGAAGUUGACGUUGAUGAUGUGUUUCAAUCAAAGUAUAAAGUAAAUUAAUUUAACCGAACUUUUAUUAUGAUAAUUCUUUUCAUUUGACCUGAUAUUGCUAAAAACAUGAAUUUCAACGCUUCUAGAAACGUUAGUCUUUCAGGCGGUCCAAGAAAGGCGAAAAGAGUCAGUGAUGUUUCGGCUAUGGGGGCGCCCUCACCGGUUCCGCAGUACAGCCCCAACCCUAUGUACAAUCCUGGAUAUCCACCUGCCGGACCUCCACCGCCAUACCAAGAGGGAAUAGAAUUAGAUCAUGGACAGGAUUUUGCUGCAACAGAACCAUCUGGAAAUUUAAGUUAUGCAAGUGGUUAUGGUCAUGCACCAAUGGCAUCACCAGCCCAAAUUGGUUCCUUUUUGCAACAGCCUGCAGUACAGGAUAUGGCUUUACAAUAUGGUAACCAAUUGGCCGCUCAAGGUCGUGAAGUGGUACAACGUGAGAUUGGUCGCUACGUACCUGUGUCACGGCUAAGAUAUUAUUUUGCUGUGGACACACGUUAUGUCAUAAAGAAGCUAUUAUUAAUCAUGUUUCCAUACACACAUAAGGAUUGGAUGGUGAAAUAUGACCAGGACACACCGGUACAGCCGCGUUAUGAUAUAAACGCACCAGAUCUCUACAUACCUUCAAUGGGCUAUGUAACUUAUGUAUUGUUAGCAGGAUUUAUGCUCGGUCUCCAGCAUAGAUUUUCCCCUGAACAGAUCGGUAUACAAGCAUCAAGUGCACUUGCAUAUAUUAUCUUUGAAAUGAUCUUAUAUUUGGUGACAUUGUAUAUAACAAACACGACAACUAACCUCAAAACUUUGGAUUUGUUGGCAUAUUCUGGUUAUAAAUACAUCAUCAUGAUCGGUAGUCUCCUCGCUGGUUUGAUACUCGGCAAGACAGGAUAUUAUUGCUGUUUGGUGUACAGCAGUUUUGCCUUAUCUUAUUUUCUGGUGAAAACCCUUCGACUGCAAUUACUCUCAGGUGCACCUGGACCUGAGCAACCGAGUUAUGGUUACCCGGAUGCUUAUUCUUCACCUAAUCCUUAUGCUGAUAACUGGUCUAAACCCACAGCUGGAGGGACUAAACGAAGAGUAUACUUCUUGUUGUUCGUAGCUAUCACCCAACCGUUACUCUCCUGGUGGUUGACAUACCAUUUAGUUCCAAGCCAAGUUGUCAUUUUACCAUCACCGGCACUAUAAUGUGCAAAAUAUACCUCAAAAGAAGGUUUUAUAUGUCGGGAUUCAGUCAUUUUUUAUAUAAAA